UGUCUUUUAUAGUAAUGUAGUUUUGUUUUUGUCUCUUUUGACUUUUUGUUCAGUAUUUCCUUGUUCUACCCUAAGUAAUUUUUAUUAAUUGGGAUAACAUUUUUAAAUGUUAAGUAUUACACUGUAUUAAUUACUAUUUUUAAAAUAAGGUUGCAUUUCUGAUACGGAAGAAUUUUAAAACCAUUUCUUCUGUUAAUGCCAUGUCAUUGUUCGCUCAAAUUCAUCUUUUAUCUAAUGUCUAGUCCUCGMUACGAUAAACAGUGUGCGAUUGCAGUAGAAUAAAUCUUAUGUAUUCUUUUUCGUGAAUGUGUUUGAACAACAUCUAAUGCGAUGGUACGACUGAAAUUGUCAUGUCUGUUUCUGUGCAUUACUGGGUUCUCGAUCGUUACAUUGCUGUGCUUGUAUCUGCCUGACAAACCUAUAAUGUAUAACAUUGGUAGGUUUUCGGCGCUUAAUACCAGUAUUUUACUCGGCAGCCAUUCGGUUCAACUGUUUCACACCAAGAAAAAUGAGGAAGUUGUCAUAGCUGUCGUGAUUUGUGGAAAUCGUACAUCUGAAGCACUAGUUAUGAUUAAAUCAGCAAUUGUCUUUCGAGGUAAUUCAGAUCUGAGAAUUGUUGUAAUUGCUGAAAAAAACAUUCAGCAGGAAUUUGAUGAGACAUUACGUGAUUGGAGACUGUUGACUAAUGAUUCAUUUUCUUAUGAGAUACACASUAUUAUUUUUCCUAAACAACACUCUGAUGAAUGGAGAAAACUAUUUCAGCCAUGUGCAUCUGAACGUCUUUUUUUACCAACGGUUUUAAAUCAUUUAGACUCAAUUCUCUAUGUAGACACUGAUACCUUAUUCUUAAGCAGUGUGGAAGAAGUGUGGAAACAUUUUUCUCAAAUGAAUUCUUCCCAGUUGGCUGCAAUGGUACCUGAACAUGAAGACAUGAAUGUUGGGUGGUACAAUAGAUUUGCCAAUCAUCCAUACUAUGGAAAAUUAGGAUUAAAUUCUGGUGUAAUGUUAAUGAAUCUCACUCGUAUGAGAGAAUUUGAUUGGAUAAGUCGACUAGCACCAGUUUUGGAAAAAUAUAGACUAUACCUUACUUGGGGAGAUCAAGAUAUUAUAAAUGUAAUUUUUCACGAUCAUCCAGAUAAGGUUUAUGUUUAUCCGUGCCGUUAUAAUUAUCGCUCUGAUCAUUGUAUGUAUAUGAGCAACUGCAAGUCAGCUGAAGAAGACGGAGUGGCAGUACUUCACGGAUCUCGUUCUACAUUUCAGACUAACAAACAGCCUGCAUUCCGUGCAUUAUUUAAUGCCAUGUCCCAAUAUCAACUUGGAAGUGAUCCAGUUAAAUAUCUCUUGGAGGCAUCUGCCAGUCUACUGAAUGAGACUACAUCAACUAAUUGCGGACGUCUUGCUCCCAUAUUUACUCACAAUAUGAGACUCAUGUUUCAAACAGUAUGACAAAAUUAAUUUUAGUAUCAAGAUAAAAGUGACAAAUCACUUAUUAAGCUGAUAUUAAUAAUUUUGGAUCACAAAUUUUAUCUAUAUUUAUUUGAAUUAAAAUAGUUAAAUAUGUGAAACGUAAAACCAAAUAAGAUCUCAAAUAUUUUUCUAUUACUAUAAUUUGAUAUUUUAUUUUUAGUUAAUACAUGAUUUAAAAAUACUUUUAUCAUAUUUUCUACAAGUAAUUUAGAUACUAAAUGACUUAUUUAUUAUUUAAUGCCACAUUAUGACGUUAAUACCAAAUUCAGAAAUUUUUUAGUAUUGUAAAAUUUUAUUUUUGUUAAAACUACAUUUAUUUACUAUACAUAGGUCAUAUUUACUAGGUACCAAUGUUUAUUAUUUAUAUUAUCAUAAUUUUUUUUUAACCCGGUACUGUGUGGUAGGAGUAGUUGGUUGGAAACGUUUUUGUAAAGAUUUGUUGCUAAAAACCCUGACAAUUCAUCUGGGAGCUAGCAAAAUUGGCCGGUACAUACACUCAAACCGUUUCUGAAGUUGAGUGUAUGACCGCGYCAUAUCAAGCUAAAAUUAUAAUUUAUUUUUGAAAUAUCAUUUAGUUUUUAAAUUUUAAAAAUCAUUUAAGU